AUGCAGUACCUGGGUGGUAAACUGUCCUCCGCCCAGGUCCAUGUCUCUGGCUGGGUGGGCAGCGUGCGUCGCUCCCUACAGGGGGCACUGGACUUAGUCUGGGGAGAUGAGGAAGAGGUGGUGGUGGUGAAAGAAGAAGAGGAGGAUGAGGGAGAAGGUGGGGGCGGGGGCAGGAGGUUCGAGAGGGCUGUGUCCCCUCUGCGUAGCUUUGCCUCCCGGAGCCGGAAAUCCCUGAGGUUGUUCUCUGUCCGGAGUCGCCAGCGGAUGACGCUACGUAGACGGGCAGCAGACACCAGCGCUGUAAGAGAACCUGUCUGAACAAUGUCAUUAUCUGCUCUUUAACCAAACCCUUUUUAGAAUGAACAUGGACAUACAAGUGAUACUUAGCCAAACAGGUUAUUUCCCUCCAUAGUCCGUAGGGCCACUAAUUACACUUCUUUCUCCACCUCUAUCCCUCCAACACCUUUCUACCUAUUGUUGCUUAUUCCUAUCCUUCUUCUCACCCUUCAGAAGCUUGUGUAGGCCUAUGGCAUAUGCUGGUGUGUGUGCUGUUUAUCAGUGUGCAUACGGUUAGCAUUUCCCUCUGUCAGGGGUGUGAACAUGGGGACACAAGGCCUGAGGGAUAUAGAUAAGGUCCAUGGAAGCACGGCUGUGUGUGUGUGUUUGUUCCCUGCUAUGAAUUUACUCAUGUGUCUGCUCAUGCUAACCUCACUUUUAGCCAGUGUUGGGGAAGCUACUCUGAAGCAACCAAUUACUUCACACUGGAAAAAGUUAAGCUACACUAAACCUACCCUUAAGAAAAAUAUAGUUUACUUAACUAAAGUUACUUUGAAAAAGUAGUUCACUACAUCCAAACUACUUCAUGAUUAUCAUAUCUAAAUCUGAAAUGUCAUAGACUACAAAUUGCAAGAACUGUUUACUCUGGAGUCAGAUGUUAACAGAAUGUGUAAUUUAGCCUAUUAAACUCAAAGGUCUGAUGCCACAAAAGAAAGGAAAUUCUUGCCUACUUCACCCAUAUUUUAUUUUCUUUGUGCAAAAAAAGUUGUGUGUAUUUCCAGUAGUUAACUACACAGCUACAUGGCAAAAAACAAAUUAACUACUGAAAACACUACCAAUAUUUGAAUUUAGUUUAACUACCACCAAAACACUGCAAAAUGUAGUUAAAUUACUAUACUGAACAAAAAUAUAAACGCAACAUGCAACAAUUUCUACGAUUUUACAGAGUUACAGUUCAUAUAAGGAAAUCAGUCAAUUGAAAUCAAUUAAUUAGGCCCUAAUCUAUGGAUUUCACAUGACUGGGCAGGGGCGCAGCCAUGGGUGGGUGUGGGAGGGCAUAGGCCCACCCACUUGGGAGACUGGCCCACCCAGUGUGGAGCAAGGCCCAGCCACAAAAGGGCUUUAUUACAGACAGAAAUACUCCUCAGUUUCAUCAGCUGUACGGGUGGCUGGUCUCAGACGAUCCCGCAGGUGAAGAAGCCAGAUAUGGAGGUCCUGGGCUGGUGUGGUUACACGUGGUCUGCGGUUGUGAGGCCGGUUGGACGUACUGCCAAAUUCUGUAAAACGAUAUUGGAGGCGGCUUAUGGUAGAGAAAUUAACAUUCAAUUCUCUGGCAACAGCUCUGGUGGACCUUCCUGCAGUCAGCAUGCCAGUUGCACGCUCCCUCAAAACUUGAGACAUCUGUGACAUUGUGUUGUGUGACAAAACUGUACAUUUUAGAGUGGCCUUUUAUUAUCCCCAGCACAAGGUGCACCUGUGUAAUGAUCAUGCUGUUUAAUCAGCUUCUUGAUAUACCACACCUGUCAGGUGGAUGGAUUAUGUUGGCAAAGGAGAAAUGCUCUCUAACAGGGUUGUAAACAAAUUUGUGCACAACAUUUUAGAGAAAUAAGCUUUUUGUGCCUAUGGAAAAUUUCGGGGAUCUUUUAUUUCAGCUCAUGAAACAUGGGACCAACACUUUACAUGUUGCGUUUAUAUUUUUGUUCAGUAUAGUUGAUCUACAUGUAGUUCUCUACUCCCCAACACUGCUUUAAGCUACACCCCUCAGCAAGGCCCAUGUUUACGUGUCCCUGUAUAGUCUUUUUAUUCCUCUUUCACUGCAGAACACAUUUAGCAGAACCACACGCCUGUAUUUCAUUGCUUCUAUCUUUCUAAUAGAGAUGAUGGUGGGGUUUGUACUGUAGACCUGCACAAAAGGUAGAACGUUUCAGGAUGCAGCAAUAAUGACCUCCCAUAACCACUAGUGUGUGAGAUUCUGAAUUGACGUGAGUGCAUUUUUUAAAUUCUGUGUUCUGUCUGAGAAGCGAGUGUGUCUGCUUGUGUAUAUUUUUAUCAGGCCUGAUAAAAAAAAAUUCAGACAUUCAAUGCCAAUACGUGCAUGGGUAUUUUGGUGUGUCUGUGUCUAUGUAAUUUAUCGCUGCAUGUUUUAGAGGUCAUGCUAGCUAGCAUUAGGUUGUUUUUCAGUCUGGAUGGCUUUAAGCCCCCCAAUACUAUACUGUAAAGCACAGAUGUUCAAAUGAGGUGUGACUGCAGAGCACUAGCAGGAAUCCUGCUCUGUCUUGACUUGUAACCCUCGCCCCACCCCCUCGCCCCACGCCCUCGCCCCACGCCCUCACCCCACCCCCACCCCCUCGCCCCACCCCCACGCCCACCCAAUACACUCAUGCUGUUUUGAUCACCGCUAAAAUAGUUUGGCUGUGUCAUAACAUCUCUCCCCAAGAUGUUAACAUUAUUCCCACUGGGGCCUCCCAUACGAUAAUAUUUGCAUAUACUACUUUAAGUCGCUUUGAAUAGGAGCGUCUGCUAAAUGUAUUGUAUUAUUAUUAUUAUUAUUAAGAAUGACUCCUUAUUUUGUAGGAGAAUGACUCCUUAUUUUGAAUGACUUACUGCAAUCGAUAUACAAUAGUUAUAAUAUUAUCACUGUACACGUGGAUGACUUGCCCUUAAUGUAAAAAGUGGCUUUUUUUAGAAUCCAUUUUCAUACCACAUUGUUAGGUCUACUCACUAUAGCAUAUACAGUGAGGGAAAAAAGUAUUGAUCCCCUGCUGAUUUUGUACGUUUGCCCAUUGACAAAGAAAUGAUCAGUCUAUAAUUUUAAUGGUAGGUUUAUUUGAACAGUGAGAGACAGAAUAACAACAAAAAAAUCCAGAAAAACAAGUCUAAAAUUGUAUACAUUGAUUUGCAUUUUAAUGAGGGAAAUAAGUAUUUGACCCCCUCUCAAUCAGAAAGAUUUCUGGCUCCCAUGUGUCUUUUAUACAGGUAACGGGCUGAGAUUAGGAGCACACUCUUAAAGGGAGUGCUCCUAAUCUCAGUUUGUUACCUGUAUAAAAGACACCUGUCCACAGAAGCAAUCAAUCAAUCAGAUUCCAAACUCUCCACCAUGGCCAAGACCAAAGAGCUCUCCAAGGAUGUCAGGGACAAGAUUGUAGACCUACACAAGGCUGGAAUGGGCUACAAGACCAUCGCCAAGCAGCUUGGUGAGAAGGUGACAACAGUUUGUGCGAUUAUUCGCAAAUGGAAGAAACACAAAAUAACUGUCAAUCUCCCUCGGCCUGGGGCUCCAUGCAAGAUCUCACCUCGUGGAGUUGCAAUGAUCAUGAGAACGGUGAGGAAUUAGCCCAGAACUACACGGGAGGAUCUUGUCAAUGAUCUCAAGGCAGCUGGGACCAUAGUCACCAAGAAAACAAUUGGUAACACACCACGCCGUGAAGGACUGAAAUCCUGCAGCGCCCACAAGGUCCCCCUGCUCAAGAAAGCACAUAUACAGGCCCGUCUGAAGUUUGCCAAUGAACAUCUGAAUGAUUCAGAGGAGAACUGGGUGAAAGUGUUGUGGUCAGAUGAAACCAAAAUCGAGCUCUUUGGCAUCAACUCAACUCGCUGUGUUUGGAGGAGGAGGAAUGCUGCCUAUGACCCCAAGAACACCAUCCCCACCGUCAAACAUGGAGGUGGAAACAUUAUGCUUUGGGGGUGUUUUUCUGCUAAGGGGACAGGACAACUUCACCGCAUCAAAGGGACGAUGGACGGGGCCAUGUACCGUCAUAUCUUGGGUGAGAACCUCCUUCCCUCAGCCAGGGCAUUGAAAAUGGGUCGUGGAUGGGUAUUCCAGUAUGACAAUGACCCAAAACACACGGCCAAGGCAACAAAGGAGUGGCUCAAGAAGUAGCACAUUAAGGUCCUGGAGUGACCUAGCCAGUCUCCAGACCUUAAUCCCACAGAAAAUCUGUGGAGGGAGCUGAAGGUUCGAGUUGCCAAACGUCAGCCUCGAACCUUAAUGACUUGGAGAAGAUCUGCAAAGAGGAGUGGGACAAAAUCCCUCCUGAGAUGUUUGCAAACCUGGUGGCCAACUACAAGAAACGUCUGAACUCUGUGAUUGCCAACAAGGGUUUUGCCACCAAGUACUAAGUCAUAUUUUGCAGAGGGGUCAAAUACUUAUUUCCCUCAUUAAAAUGCAAAUCAAUUUAUAAAAUUUUUGACAUGCGUUUUUCUGGAUUUUUUGUUGUUAUUCUGUCUCUCACUGUUCAAAUAAAUAUAUCAUUACAAUUAUAGACUGAUCAUGUCUUUGUCAGUGAGCAAACGUACAAAAUCAGCAGGGGAUCAAAUACGUUUUUCCCUCACUGUAGUACGAAGUUCCUAAUUUCAUUACCUAUUAUUGCCCACCUUAUACAUUGUAAGCUUUCUAUGUAAACAGGUGGAGAUUUGUGAUUCUGCUAGGCUAGCAGCCUUCUGGACUGCUAUACAGCUGCCAGCGCAACACCGGCAAUUUAACUCAGCUACUGUACAUAUCAGAUAGGGUUGUGAAGACACAGUCAAAGGUAGUGCACUAUAUAGGGAAUAGGGUGUCAUUUGAGACAGAGCCGAAGUAGACCCAGUCCUCCUGUCUGUCACUGUGCUUCCUCUAUGAGGACAUAGCCUGCUGUACUGUAGGCAAAUCCCCUGAUAGAGGUUUAUUCAUCUCCACAGUGAAAAGGCCAGCCAGGCCAGAGUGACGCAGCACGAUUGUGCAAAUGAAGUCACACAGAGAAAAGAGCUCUCUCUCUCUCUGUCUGUGUGUGUGUGCGUGUAGCCUGACCCACCCAAUCAAGGCAGUAAAGGAGUUAUGAAGAAAGAUGUUUACCAAAUCAAAAACUGUUCCUCUCCCACUGUAUUUACACCGGGUUGCUUUCAGUGGAGGCUGGUGGGAGGAGCUAUAGGAGGACGGGCUCAAUGUAAAGGCUGGAAUGGAAUGAAUGGAACGGUAUCAAACAAAUCAAACAUAUGGAAACCACAUGUUUGACUCCGUUCCAUUAAUUCCAUUCCAGCCAUUACAAUGAGCCCAUCCUCCUAUAGCUCCUCCCACCAGCCUCCACUGGUUGGUUUUGUUGCUGGGUAACAUAAAAACCACAGUAGAUUGACAUGUGCGCCUUGACAAACAGUAGAGUGAGGUGAAGUUCAAAGAAUGUGUUUGUGUGGGACUAUCAGUGUGUCUGUUUAUGUGUGUGUGUGUGUGUGUGUGUGUGUGUGUGUGUGUGUGUGUGUGUGUGUAUGCGUGUGUGAGGUGUUUAUUGAGGACAGUGUACCCUCUGUGACCAGCUCAUUAAAAUAUGAAUGCUUGGCUGGUUGUUUGACCUCUUUCUUUUUCUGUUUUAGUGAACGCUCUUGGCUUCGCGUGCUCUCUUCACCACCGUUCUCUUGCAUCUCCCUCUCCUAGUCGCCCCACAUGUUUAGGGGAAUGCUCCGUACAUUAACAUUAUAUAGGCCCUCUAGGCAAAAGUGUCAGCUGAGUAUCGAUAUCCGUUCUGCUCCCUGCAUAGUGUCCCUCUUCAUGAAACUUACCUCAACUUUUGAUAAUUCUCUCUCUCUCUCUCUCUCUCAUCAGGAGCAGUUGAAGUGCUGUGUGGGGCUGGGAGAGGGACAUGACACAGAGGCUCUGAUUGGUGGAGAGCCAGACAAGCAGUAUGGGGGCUGUGACACUAGACUGUCUGAGGAUAACAGGUGGGUACAGGAGAACCACAGUACAAUACCCCUAUAAUACUGAUAACUACACUAUGGGUGCAUGUCAAUAAUCUUAAGGAUCCCACACACCAGUGAGUGUCAAAUGUUUGCUUGCUUAGAGUACUUAGCACCUCUUAGCACAGAAGUCAAUCACUUUUGUGUUCACACCACACAGACUUUGAAGCCAUCAGCUUGGUUAAAAUACUCCAAACCAGAAGGUGGCAGUAGUGUUGCAUUCUUAAACUUAGUUUGGCAAUGCUAGUCCCUGUGUAUUUUGCUUUUUAGGUAUCCAACAUUAGCUAACUAGCUAGCUGUGCUAAUGUUGCUAUUGUUGUAGAAAGCCUUUGUUGAUACUAGCCAGAUGGCCACAGCUAGAUAACUAGCUAGCAAGAUGACAAAUAACAAUUUAAUAUACUCUCCAUAAUCCCAUACUGCCAGUGCCAGCCCAUAGCCAUUUUUUUUGCUAGCUAGCUAAUGUUAGCUAAACUGUUAGCAUGUCAUUCACUAGAUAGCGUAAGAUAUUUUUCGUUCGUUUUUGUUGUCACUGCUGUCGGCUCCCCCACAUGGAGGUUUGUGCACUCUGAUUGGCUCAAAGUCAAGCUGUCGGCCACUGAGGAGCAUUGCGAUUCUACAAGUAGGUAGCCUACCAGGUCUGUACGCAGAAGAUAGAUAUUUUGUUCUAGCAAGAGAAAGUGAAGGUAGUAUACUUCUUCUGACCUCUGCUGGUUGAUAAAACAUAUUGCAGGGGGGACACUUUGAUUGGGUGAACCCACAUUGGAGCAGUACCAGAUUAAGUGGACAAAGGUUUUCCGUGUUUAUACCCACAUUUUAAUUGUUGUGAUCUGUUUUUUUAUUCCCCACAUCCUAAGUCCGCAGACGACAGUGGAACAGAUCUCCCCUGUCACACCAGAUGAGCCUAACAGUACAUAUCCACUAGAAGAAACAGAGGAGCCAUUAGCCUUUCCUGAUGUAAGUCUCUUGUGAAGGCCUAUCUGGUACUUUUCACUAUGCACGUACGCAUUUGUAGGCUACGAUAUUUGACUUUGCUUGCCCCUGCGUGUGUGUGGGUGUACAUUGUGGGUGUACAUCGUGUGUGUGGGUGUACAUUGUGUGUGUGGGUGUACAUCAUGUGUGUGGGUGUGUGCGUGCACAGAUUUCUCCUCCUCUAUUGGACACCAGUGCUCAGCGUGCAAGGGCAGAGCUGAGGAAGAGUCGGAGGACCCGCCCCCCUCGUGCUGUCCGUCAGAACCCUACCACAGCAACGCUUGAGGAAGACCGCGACCACGACUGGAGGUUCUGUGACUCCUCAGGUUAGUAGACAAUUCCAAAUCAACCCAUAGCACUGACCUACCCCCAUGCAGCUAGGCCUGAAGAGAUCAUAGCUACACCUUGCCCUCUGAAAGGCUAAGUGGAAUUUGAGGUAUAUAUUUCUUACACCAAUCUCAUCCUUUUAGAUACACAAGUGGCUAGGAGGUAGGGGUUAAGGGUCAUUGCAACCAUCCCUCAUUAAAGGUAAUUCACACAAGACCAACCAUCUGUUAUACCCUUUUGCAGAUAAGGUGGACUCUCUGACAAGGGGAGAUUGUGAGUCUGAUGAGGAGCAGCCCAGAGGGAGGGAAGUAUGUUCACCACCUUCCCAGCCCCAGAGAAUACCCCUCUUUUCUGGAAUGGACCCGUCCGCCCUCAAGGUACAGUAUGUAGAUGCUCUCAAUGCAUGUUACACCCUGAAAGACUGACUGAGGCUAAGGGUGCGUCCCAAAUGGCAACCUAUUUCCUAUUUAGGGUUCAUAGGACCAUAGGGUUCUGGUCAAAAGUAGUGCACUAUAUAGGGAAUAGGGUGCCCUUUGGGACGUAAUCUUAGAUUCAAUCAAACCUGCACUGCUGGACAUACUGCAUGACAAAGUUCCACACCAUAAAAAGUACAUCUUGGGUGAUAAAUAAGUGAUUGUUUACUGCAGGAUUUGUCUUAGUGCAGGUAACCCCUUACUAUCAAAACGUUUAGAACGUGACUCGUUCUUACCUUCACUGCCUCUCCUAGGCCCAGUUAAAGAAGCGAAGAGGGGGAGGAGGUAAAGGAGAAGACAAAGAAGGUCCGACAGACACACUUGCCCCGUCCCCCUCUCAGCUCUUCCGCUCUCCCGGUUGUUCCUCCUUCCUCCCCGGCGCGUCACAGGUGCUGCCCCUUGUAGGGAACAAAGAUGGAGGGUAAGUUUAGUCCAACAUGCUGCUCUUAUCUUACUAGCAUAAAACCACAUUUUCAGCAUUUUCAGUUGUUUUAGUAGUUUUAAAAAGUUAUUCAACAUGAAUCAACAAAAUGUGAUGAAUGAGAAGAAAAAAAUCAAGAUAACAACUAGCAAUGCAAAAGACUGAAAUAGUUAGCUGGGUACAUUCGUUAGCUAUUAGCUACAACAUUUUGCUACAAUAGUCAGCUACAAGGCAAACAUUUUGAUCUAUGUUUAUGUGACCCUCAGGGGGGACUCAUCUCCUUCAUGGCUGCAAGAACUCAAGUCUAAGAAGCGCUUGAGUCAAUACAACAGUGAGGACUAG